UUUUUUUUUUUGCUUGUUUGUCGGUGUUUUUUGUCUCGUUAUUAUCGUCUGUGAUCAUUGUUAUAUCGUUGUUAUUGUUACUGAAGCAAGCACGGGGAAGUUGCACUUUCAGCCCCCCCCCCCCGCACCUCUACAUCACAAAAUGGACGUGGAUCCCAAGUACAAGCCGCUGUGCAAGCUACUGCUUGCAAAAGACGAAACACUGCUCACAGCGCUGUGCAAUGAGAUCCCGCAAGAUGUGGCAGACGACACUGCACAAUCACUGGUCGUCUUGUUCAACUCGGCCAACCAGAUGGACCGCUUGAUUCGCUGGGCCGUUCAGAAGGAGAUUGACCGAACUUUCGAAGUCGAGGACGCGAACGGCUUGUUCCGAAACAACACUGUGCCGAUCAAAAUCAUUGCAGAGUACCUUAAGAGCGUCGGCGAAGGCUUCCUCAAAGUAGUCUUGAAGAAACCGCUCAAAAAGAUUCUAGAAAUCAAAACGACGCUGGAAGUGAACAUGAACAAGGCCAAGGACCUGACUGUGCCCGUCAUGAAAAAGAACUUUGACAAGCUGUUAUCGUUUGUGGAGAUGAUGCUCGAGGAAAUCACCAAGUCUGUGUCUGCGUGUCCACGAGCCUUUUUCACACUCUUCCACAUCAUCUCGAACGAAGUUGGCAAGGUGCGACCAGACAAGGUCGAUAUCGCCAUUGGCGGCUUUAUCUUUUUGCGGUACUUUUGCCCCGCCAUCGUUUCUCCCGAGGGCUUCAACCUGGUCAAGCAACCAGUCACCCCCGAAGCACGGAAAAACCUGAUUCUCAUCUCAAAGACACUCCAAAACAUGGCGAGCGGUGUCGAGUUUGGUGAAAAUGAGCCAUACAUGCUGAACGCCAAUCAACUCUUGCGCGAUUCCAAGCUGGGUGUGCACCUGUACCUUCAAUUGCUCGCGGUGGUGCCACCAGAUCAGCCUGCCGAUGCACUGUCGUUCGGUCAAUUGGGCCAAACCAUCGUAACAGACGCUGUUGGCACCUUGCACUAUCACCUGAAAUUGAUGCAAGCCAAAAUUGCAACUGCAGUCGCUUCCACCAGUUCUCACCAAUCGGAUGAAUUUGUCGAAGCCAUGUCCACACUCGGCGAGCCGCCCAAGCCCACUCGCGCAACGGCAUUGCGCGCAGCCAUCAACGCUGAGAUGCAGCAGCGGCACGACGACUUUGAGUCCACCAAGAAGGAGCGCAAGGGCAUUUUCCAUCUAAAGCGUGCCAUGCUCACCGAGUUGGUCGACAAGAAGGGGGAGGACGACGAAGCCACGCCACCACUGACUGCGGCUCAACCUGCAAGCGAAGAGGCGCCAGUCCCGCGAUACAACCGGCCCGAAAUUUCGUUUGACGAGUUGGAACGUCGGCUGGGGUUGAUCCAGCGCAAUUACGAAAACAACUCUGACGAGCCUUCAGCACCGCCCAGUCCAAAGCUGUCGGCAGAUACACCUUCUCUUCCGAUGCCUCCGAGCAAUGGCGGCGCAGUUCCCAACUCGGCGGGCAACUUCCCGCCAGCAACGCGCAAGAAGACGUGGGAGGAUGUUGGAAGCAAGCCUUCCGCAGCGGCGCCUCCUGCAGGUCCGCCGGCAAAAGCACCCAAGCCAAAACCCAACAUGAGUGUCUCCACGUCAAACCUGUUCCAACCGUCUCCUUCUGCUGGAGCAAGCCCGGCCAACGACAAUUCGUCAGAGCCUCCCGUCACGACCGGGAUGUCGCGCAAUCUAAGCAGCUCGGUGGGAUCGCUGUCCCAGAUUUCGACAGGCGACGCGGUUGCGACGUCCAUUUCCAAUCACAUUUCCCAAACAAAGGCCAAUAUCGCCGCUGGCCUGUCCAACCAAUCCCGCGGUGCGGCCGAGGCUGCCGCCAGCCGUCGUGAUCACUCACGCCAAGGCACUUCGAACGGGGCUCCAGCAGCCAUCAGCAGCCGGCCUGAAGCAGGCACCGUGCCAUUGCAACACCAAACGAGCAUUUCAUCGUCCAGCAGCGACGAAUCGACCGUGGACGAGUUGGCGGCCUCUGGAACUCUGGGUCUUGCAGGUUUCGGGAACCCAGAGAAUAUCGAUCGCGAUCUCCAAGAGGUGAAGAGCUGGUGCGGCAAGAUUGCCUCGAAACUCACCGCCGUCAAUGCCGCGCUGGCCACCAGCGCUCAGGAAAUGGCCGACCUUCGCACGCUUCGCGAGGACGUUUCCAGUAUCCAAACAAAAGUCAAUGGCAUUGAUCAGCUGACACACUCGCUGAAUGCUGCCGUACUUUUGGUCCAGCACCAGCUGGGCUCCACACACAGUAUCGUCGCUGCUGCUUCCUCACCAGACAGUAGCGCAACCGUGUCUGCGGCUUCGAGUCCCGGACCUACUCGGGCUCCACUCUCGCGUCAAGGGUCGUUGAACGGCUCGCCUACCGACGAGAUUGCCAUGCUUCGUGUUCAACUUGGUCGCCUGGAGCGACAACUGACUGAUGAGCGGAAAGCGCGUGUUGACAUGCAAAGCUCGCUCACUCAGUUCAAGACCGAACUCGAGCUGAUCAAGCGUCGCCUGACGUAACCCAGCCAAACGCUUGCGUUGGUGUGUUUUCGAACUGGUUCCACGUUUGGAGGCGAGUUGCGAGGACCAAUCGUGACCUCGUUUCUUUUUUUUUUGUUUUUAAAAAGGUCUAUUUCUCCUCUUUGUUGUUUUCGACACCGUCGAUUUGGUUGUCUCAUGCUCCAAUUGAUUUUCGGUGCGCUGUGAUUAUCUUUGUCUCAUUAGCACAUUCCCAUCCUUCCCCCCCCCC